UUUAUGAAAGUGUUAAAUAAUUAAUCCUUGUUUGUGGUGGAUAAUCUUCAUCUAGUUAACACAAAGCUCAGCUGUAGACGUAAAUGAGCUUCAUGUAACCUACGAUACAAACCAUUAAACGACAACAUUUAUGAUUAAUAAUGUAGCCUACAUGGUGGUCUCUUUACUCAUAAAAUCAACUAAAAUAUAAUAACAUUUGCAGUAUAUUAGCAGUAGUAACUUCCUCAAAGUAAUAGUGAGAAAACAAUGAAAUAAACUCAAUUAGGCUAGCCAAAGUUUUGUGAGCUUGCUAGCCUGUGGUAAAGCUGUUAGCUUAGAUGUUCAGGCAAAUGCCAACAGGCUAAAGUUAGCAAAGCGCUAACACCAGCAGCAGCUAGCAACAAAAACAUCUGAAUCAAUGGAUCAUAACGAUACCAAAACUCAAGAAAACUUACACUGUACUAUUUUCUCCAGCAAAGGAUAUCUAGCUUCAGUUAGGCUGCACCACUGAAACCAUGGCAACCGGCUAUUUUCAUCCCCUUGAAGCAGUGUCAGCGGCUCUCCCAGGCACUAGCGGCAAAACGGUGUUUGAGGAUGUGUUUAGAACUUCAGUUGUACAAAAGCAUAGUCCAGUAUUUGGCAUUCUUGUAUAGUAGCCUAUUUCUGCCACUUAAAAAAGAAAAAAAAAUAUGAAAGUCAGGCCAUUCUAAAGAAAAAAACUUAAAUUGAAAUUAUGACAGAAAUAUGCUCCCAUGUAAAUGAGUGACAAACGCAGAAAAGAAAAAAAAUUAAAACCAUAAAGUCAACUGACAUAUUAGCCACUUUAAGUCUUUGAGACUUGCAUAACACGGUUUUUAACGACCUCUUGUGUUCAGAAAUAAUAGUCAAACAUUCCUGAGCUGCAAAUUCUUCACAGAUAUUUUUAACAUGUAGCCUGGUUAUGUGUCCUGGAGCAAUAUUUGGAAAUUCUGCGCUUCCCUGUUUCCUUUUUUAAAAAACUAUUGACACUUCUUCAUGGUUUUAUAUUUUCCCAUGGUACAGGUUCUUCCAGUUUACCUUGGACUUCCCUGUUCAUGAUUCUUUGCACUCUUAAGUUCAUUUUCAGCAGCUGCUGAAAGUAAAGCUUGGCCAGACAAGCAGCUGAGCAGGUCCAGUAGGUGUUUCCAAUCAGGACUAGACUGACAGCAAGGAAAUUCCUUCAGGCGAGGGGGAGUACACUGUAAGGAUUUAGAGAAAAUAUUUUAUGAAAUGCAAUAUUUAUCUAAACAUGUAUAUUUUUUUGAGGUUUGAGGUUUAAGGCACAGGUUCCCAAAGUCACAAUUAGUGAGACACUAAGGUAAGGAGUUGUUUUGGGGUCAUGGGCUAAAAAUUUUGGGACCCCCUGGCCUAAGAACACAAAAUAUUCGUCCUUAAUAGAAAAGGCCAUUAAGUAUCAGUCCAAUUAUGUAAAAGCUACUUCUUACCAUGGAACAAUAGUUUAACACUGUCAAGGAGUGAUGACAUCAUCCACAUGAAUGACUAAUUCAAUAAUUGUGGCCUGACUUUCAUCACUAAGAGUGAAGGUGUUUCUUUACAAACCACUCGUCACAGAGGAGGAAAUCCUCAAUCAUUCCUUGUCUUUUGUUCCAAUCGAGUAUUGAAACAUCUGCUGGCAUUUCCAUAAAUGUCACCACACUUCCUCCUCCUGUAAACCAAUUUGUGUUCAUGUACAGUUUAUGCAUGUGUGUGUAUGUGUCUGCGUGCCGUGCCGUACCUGGUGAAAUCCCCCUCAGUGGAGUAUAAGAGGAGACAGCAUGGAGGCACAGAGACACAUCUCUCCUGGGACUCCUCUGCAGAUUUACAGACAUACAGGUCUCCAUCCAAACCUAAAGCGAUGAAGAUGACACUCAGCUGCUCUCUCUGCCUGCUCUUCCUCCUCUGCUCUCUGAGUGGAUUAGUGGAAAGUGGGACUCUGCGUCUUGACAUUUGCUCUGUCAGUGUUCACAUACAUGAACUGCGCAAAUAUUACGCUGACAUACGCUUAAAUGCGAUAGCAGGAGACAGUGAGAUCGGAGUGAAACUUCUGGAUAAAGAACUAAUAAAGAAUGUUCAGGAGGGACAGACAUGCUGUUUCCUGCGUCUUGUGCUGCGCUUCUAUAUUGAGAGAGUGUUCAGCAACUAUGCCUCCUCUCAGCCACAACAGCAACGCUGCUCCAGCGCUUUAGCCAACGCCUUUGUCAGCAUCAGAAGAGAUAUACAUAAAUGUCACUGCCUAUGUGCAGAAGAGACACAGAGGACAAUCGACUCCCUGCAUGCUGAGUUUAAUAAGCUGGAGAUCAACCAGGCGGCCAAGAAAGCUGUUGGAGAACUGGAUACUGUGCUGGAUUGGCUGGAGGGCCAAAAAACACAGGCGUAAUCAGGAUGCAGAAUCAACACAGAAGCCCUUAAAGUGCCUACACUACUUAAUGUUGUCAUUUAACUCUCAACCUGACCAUACUUGUUGCAGGGUGAAGACUUAAAACGUGCUACUUCACCUCUGUUUACUGUGCAUUUCUGUUUUGUACUUGAAUAACAUUUGUUUUAUCCACUGACAUUUUGAAUGUUUUUGCAAUAUUUAUAUUACAUUUGAUAUAAAUGUUUAAGUAUUUUAUCAAGCAUAUUUAUCAAAAAUGAUAGGUGUUAAGGUAUUGUAUAUUUUUUCAGGUUUUUACUAAGAAAAUUCAUUUCAUCUUCUUUGUUCCAAUGUUUUA